AUGCACGCUCCCAGCAUCGUCGCUCUUCUCUCCACCCUCCCCGCCGCCAUGGCUUGCCUUGGCUACACGGGCGGUGUCCCCAAGGCUACUGGAAGCAAGUCUUUGGGAUCACCUCAAUACAUCAAGAAGGGAGCCGUCUUUGACGCGAAAUGGGUCCGCUAUGACCGCGGUGUCAAGUGCUCUGGUCAGAGCGAGGGUGGUGAGAAGGACGCUGUUUUCGUCCUUGAGGAUGGCGCUACCCUUCGCAACGUUGUCAUUGGUGCCAACCAGAAGGAGGGUGUUCACUGCCUUGGUGCCUGCAACCUCGAGUUUGUCUGGUUCGAGGACGUCUGCGAGGAUGCCAUCACUAUCAAGGGUAGUGGAACUGCCAACAUCAUUGGAGGCGGUGCCUACAAGGGUUCUGACAAGCUGAUCCAGCACAACGGAUGCGGUCACGUCAACAUUGUCAACUUCUACGCCAACGACUACGGCAAGGUCUACCGAUCAUGCGGUAACUGCAAGGGCAACUCCAAGUGCAAGCGUUCCGUCCACAUGGAGGGCGUCACCGCUGUCAACGGCGGUGAGCUCAUUGGCAUCAACACCAACCUCGGUGACAAGGCCACCUACAAGAACAACUGCUUCCCCAAGACCCAGUGCCAGGGUUACAACGGCUGCGACAAGUCUAACGGCGAGUGUGAGCCCACCAAGGCUGCCAAGUGCUAG